ACUGUCCCUCUCCCCCUCCUUCGUCCAUCUGAAAAUGGGAGAGACGAGCCAGGCCGCCGGACCGGGGCUGCCUUCAUCCCCUCCUCCUCCCUCUCCCCGCUCCGGCUGCAGCCUCGCCCCGACAGUCGGGAAAAGGACCCCGCAGCCCGGCGGGGACAUCACUGGGCAUCUCACCUUCCCCCUGCUGUCAGUCACUCUCCUGGUGUCCUUCGGCUCCUCCAUGCUCUAUGGCUACAACCUGGCUGUGGUGAACUCACCAGCAGUGCACAUAAAGCAAUUCUACAAUGCCACAUGGUCCCAGCGGUAUGGGCAUGGACUGGGGCCUGGCCCCCUGACCCUCUUCUAUUCCCUGACCGUCUCCAUCUUUGCUCUGGGUGGGCUGGUGGGCUCCUUGCUGGUGGGGAUGCUGGUGGAUCGGUAUGGCAGGAAUGGCACACUGAUCCGCAGCACUCUCCUUGUCCUCCUGGCUGGUGGCUUCAUGGGCUUCAGCCGGGAGCUGGGGUCUCCUGAGAUGGUGAUCAUUGGCCGUUCUUUCACAGGGCUCCACUCAGGUAUCUGCCUCAGCGUGGUGCCCCUCUACCUGGGAGAAAUUGCCCCCAAGAACCUGCGUGGUUUCCUGGGCCUCGUGCCCAGCAUCUUCAUCUGCCUGGGGGUUUUCUUUGCUCAGGUCCUGGGCCUUCCAGAGCUUCUGGGUGAGGACAGGUUCUGGCCCCUUUUCCUGUCAGUGGUGGUCAUUCCUGCCUCCCUUCAGCUCCUGCUGCUGCACUGUUUCCCCGAGAGCCCGCGGUACCUGCUGAUAGAGAGGAAUGACAUCUGCGGGGCCACCAGGGCACUGUGCCAGUUCCUGGGGACAUCUGACAUUCAGGAUGUGAUUGAGGAGAUGAAGGAGGAACAGCAGUCCCUCUCAUCCAUGGAGAUGGUUUCUGUCUGGCAGCUGCUGCGGGACCGCUCUGUUCGCUGGCAAACCCUCUCAGUGGUGGUGGUGAAUGCUGGCAUGCAGCUCUCGGGGAUCGAUGCCAUCUGGUUUUACACCAACACCAUCUUUGAGAACGCCGGGAUUCCUGUGUCCCAGGUCCCUUACACUACUGUGGGCACCGGUGCCAUUGAAGUUGUUGCAGGGUUGAUCGGGUGCUUCACCAUCGAGAAGCUGGGCCGGCGACCCCUUAUCAUCACUGGCUUCUGCACCAUGGGCAUCUGCUCAGCAGGCAUCACUGUCUCCCUACUGCUGCAGACCACCCUACCCUGGAUGCGUUACGUCAGUGUUGCCUGUGUGGUCGGCAUCAUCUCUGGCUUCUGUGUGGGACCAGCCGGUGUCCCCUUCCUGAUGACAGCUGAGCUCUUCACACAGUCACACCGCCCAGCUGCCUACAUUGUGGGAGGGUCCCUCAACUGGCUCUGCAACUUCACCAUUGGCUUCAUUUUCCCCUUCUUGCAGAUGUCAGCUGGUGCCUUUUGCUACCUGGUUUUCUGUGGUGUCUGCCUGCUGGUGGCCUUAUAUGUCUACCUUAUCAUCCCUGAGACCAAGAACAAAACCUUCAUGGAGAUCAGCCACAUCUUUGCCACCCACCACUCCUUUCUCUCCAACCCAACCCAGCUCACUGGGAUGAUGAAGCUCAAAGGCUAUGGGACCUUGGAAAGCAGCUCCCUGGAGGGUUAGGGCCCCAGCCUGCCCUGAUCUGGAAGGUCUGGGCACAUCAGGAGUGAUGAAGGAGGCUACAGGUUGGGGAGGGAAAUGAGGUCCAUUUUUCUCAAACUUGAUCAUCUCUACAUCUCCCAGGACAUCCCAUCACUCCACAGCCUGCAGCCAGGAAGAGCCCUGAUGAUACACCAGGGGCUGCAAAAACCUCUGUGCAUCACCCCUGUGCUGGAAAAGAUCCCUUCCCAAAGAUACUGAGACCUCAUGGGGGCAGGGGCUCACUU